AUGCCCUCAGGGGAUUGGAGGGAGGCGGUGCGGCCACGCCCCUCCUCCCCGGCUGUCGGGCAGGAGGGCGCGGGUUUCGUUUCCUCCGGGGAGGAGCGCUGCGUGGAAGAGGGAGUCCGUCCGCCUGAGGCGGAAGGCGGGAAGCCGCGCCGCGGUAGCCGGCGCCCCGUGGCGGCCGCCGCCUCGUCGUCGGGCGGCCCGCGGCUGCGGGAAGUGCUGUCGCGACUGAGCCUGGGCCGGCAGGACGUGUCCGAGGCGUCGGGGCUGGUGAACCAGGUGGUGUCGCAGCUGAUCCAGGCCAUCCGGAGCCAGGAGGGCAGCUUCGGCUCCAUCGAGCGGCUGGGCGCCGGCAGCUACUACGAGCACGUCAAGAUAUCUGAACCAAAUGAGUUUGACAUCAUGCUCGUAAUGCCUGUUUCAAGACUUCAGCUGGAUGAAUGUGAUGACACUGGAGCCUAUUAUUACCUAACAUUCAAAAGAAAUCCAAAAGAGAAGCAUUUGUUUAAGUUUUUAGAUGAAGAUGGAAAAUUAUCAGCCUUUAAAAUGCUUCAAGCACUAAGAGACAUUAUUAAACGAGAAGUAAAAAACAUUAAAAAUGCAGAAGUAACUGUGAAAAGGAGGAAGGCUGGAAGCCCUGCAAUAACUCUUCAGAUCAAAAAUCCUCCAGCAGAAAUAUCAGUGGACAUCAUCUUAACUUUGGAAGUUCAGCAGAACUGGCCGCCCAGCACACAGGAUGGCCUCAAAAUUGAACAGUGGCUUGGAAGAAAAGUCAGGGGACAGUUCAGAAACAAAUCACUUUAUUUAGUAGCCAAGCAAAACAAAAGAGAAAAGGUUCUAAGAGGAAACACCUGGCGACUCUCUUUCUCGCAUAUUGAGAAGGACAUGCUGAACAACCACGGCAGCUCAAAGACAUGUUGUGAAUCUGAUGGACUAAAGUGCUGUAGGAAAGGUUGUCUUAAGCUUCUGAAGUAUCUUCUAGAGCAACUUAAAAUGAAAUAUACAAAACAGUUGGAAAAAUUCUGUUCAUAUCAUGUCAAAACUGCUUUUUUCCACUCGUGUGUCAUGUGGCCAAAUGACACAGACUGGCAUUUGGGAGACCUGGAUUACUGCUUUCAGAAAUACCUGGGAUAUUUUCUGGAUUGCCUGCAAAAAUCUGAGCUGCCACACUUUUUUAUUCCCCAAUACAACUUGCUCAGCCUGGAAGAUAAAGCGAGCAAUGAUUUCCUUUCAAGACAGAUAAACUAUCAGUUGAACAACAGAUUCCCAAUAUUUCAGGAGAGGUAUUAA